AGCUUAAAUAUGUAAAAAGAUGCACGCACAGUCGCACACAUAUACUAAGAGACACAGUCGAGAGAAGAAGAAGAAGAAGAAGAAGAGUCACCGUGAUCACCACCAUCACCGACACCGUCCGAUCAAAAUCAAACCAUGUCAACGGCUCUGAUCAACUCUCUCACAUACUACCUCUCCGAGCAUCCAUACAUCGUCGGGUUCCGUUGGAGCAACAGCCAAUCAUGGGGCUCCACGUGGUCUUUCCUCUUCACCUCAAUAUCUCUCUACAUCGCCGUCUCUUCCACCCUCCACAUCAUCCUCUCCGCCUUACUCCGCCGUAACCGCUCCGUUCCUUUAGGACACAUCCCCGAACUCCACAGCCUUCUCAUGUCAAUUCUCUCCGCCACUAUUUUCGCCGGAAUCCUCCUCUCCGCCGCCGCAGAGAUCCGUGACACACGGUGGUUCUGGAGACGGAGCAAAACCGCCACUCCUCUACAGUGGCUUCUCUGUUUCCCUCUCGGGACUCGUCCCUCCGGUCGUGUCUUCUUUUGGUCGUACGCAUUUUACCUCACACGUUUCCUCCACAUGUUCCGUACGAUCUUCUCCGUUUUGCGUCGCCGGAGACUCGCCGUGUCUCAGCUCUUCUGCAACUCCGCCAUGGCCUUCACGUCGUUCCUCUGGCUCGAAUUCUCGCAGUCGUACCAGAUUCUAGCGAUUCUAUCGACGACGCUGGUUUACUCUGUGGUUUACGGGUACAGAUUCUGGACCGGGUUUGGUUUACCCGGUUUGGCUUUCCCUUCGUUUGUGGUGAAUUGUCAGUUGCUUCUCGUGGGCUGCAAUCUCGUGUCUCACGCUGGGGUUCUUACGAUGCACCUCUUUAAAGGUGGAUGCAAUGGGAUUGGCGCGUGGGGUUUAAACUCGGUUCUCAAUGGUGCGAUUUUGUUGCUUUUUCUUAAUUUUUAUAUGAGAAUACAUUCGCCGAUGCGACGCCGUAUCAACAACACUUCGCCGGAGCUUGAAUUACCAGCCAACGUAACUGAAAAGAAUCUUGUCAUGGGUUGAUCCUUUAUACUACUCAACAAACCAAAGCCAAUCCAAUUUUUUCUUUUUUUUUUUUUUACUUAGAAAAUUGGAAUCUUCUAAUUAUCUCGAUUUCCUUAAUUUAGUUUUAUUUAGUUUUAAUUGUUUACUACUCUAGUUUGGUGUACACCUAGUAGUGUUAAUUGCUUAUUAGCCACCUUUUUCAACUAGUGACGCAAGAGCUUAGACCUUGUUUAUCGGGGAGAUCAUAAUAGAGUUCUUAGGUUUUUGGGUAAAAAAAAUUAAUCAGAACUGAAAAAAAAUGUAAGAUCUCCCCUUAUAUAAGAGACGGAAUCGUGGUCUAAGGGGCAAUACGUGUCGCCAUUAUAUUGGUCUAAAUAAUAAUACAAAAGAGAAAAAAAAACAUUUCGUCGAUUUAUUUCUUUUUUCCUCUCUUUCUCUCGGUUGCGAUUAAUCGACGAUUACGAUUGAUCAAUAUGGAAUCUGAAGCUUGAAGGCUUUGAAUCGAAUGACCUGGAAUCAGAGGAAGGGUAUGGAUUCGAAGAGACUGGAGAGAAAGAGAUAAGUAGCAACGGUGAUUUGGAAGCCAAUCUCCGAAGAAAGAAUCGACUAACAGUUGGAGAUUGAUGCGGGUUGAAUAUGGAGUCGAUUUAAUUGGUAGAGAGAUUGAAUCAAUUGGAAUCAGAAAGGCUCCAUCUGUGGUCUUCAUUGAUGAAUUAGAUGCUGUUGGAAGGGAGCGUGGGUUAAUAAAGGGUUAUGGAGGACAACUCUUAAUCAGCUCCUUGUUUCUUUAGAUGGUUUUGAAGGAAGAGGAGAGGUCAUUACCAUCGCUUCCACAAACAGACCAGACAUUCUAGAUCCUGCGCUUGUGAGGCCUGGAAGGUUUGACCGCAAAAUUUUUAUCCCUAAACCUGGUCUUAUUGGACGGAUGGAGAUUCUGCAGUCCAUGCUCGUAAGAAGCCAAUGGCUGAAGAUUUGGACUAUAUGGCAGUUGCUAGCAUGACAGAUGGCAUGGUUGGAGCAGAGCUUGCCAAUAUCGUUGAGAUAGCAGCAAUUAAUAUGAUGCGUGAUGGAAGAACAGAGUUAACAACAGAUGAUUUGCUUCAAGCUGCACAAAUAU